AUGGCGAGGAACGGUGUCGCUUCGUGGCAGAGGAAGUCGGAGAAGCUCAAUCUCUCGCCGCCGUUGGAAGCUCACGUUCUCGCCGUCGACGACAGCCUCGUCGAUCGCAAGGUCAUCGAGCGAUUGCUCAAAAUUUCCUCCUGCAAAGUGACGACUGUUGACAGGGGAAAAGGCAGCCAAGCGGGGGCAGGAGGCGGAACAGACGGCGGGUUUAGAGGACCGUCGACGCUUCCAAAAAAUUCUGAAGGGAAAGCAGCAGAGUCCAAGUUCCGAAUCACAUCGAGGAAGAUUCCCCUUGCCGUCUUCCACCUCGCCUCUCCCUGCAUCGUCGAUCAAGUCCACAACCCCGAGAAGGAGCUCCUAGACCCGGCGAUCAAAGGAACGCUCAAUGUUCUGACGGCGGCGAAGCAGGCUGGGGUCAGCCGUGUGGUGCUGACGUCAUCCAUCUCCGCCAUCACUCCCAGCCCAAGCUGUCCGUCCGAUAAGAUCAAGAGCGAGGAUUGCUGGACAGACAUUGACUACUGCAAGCAGAAGGGAUUGUGGUAUCCAUUAUCGAAAACGCUGGCGGAGAAAGCUGCGUGGGAAUUUGCCAAGGAGAAGGGGCUGGAUGUGGUUGUGGUGAAUCCGGGCACGGUGAUGGGCCCUGUUAUCUCGCCCAGGCUCAAUGCUAGCAUGUUGAUGCUCCUUCGCAUUCUUGAGGGCUGCACUGAAACAUAUGAGGACCAGAUCUGUGCGAUGACUGAAACUAUAGCCCGAAUCAACGAGUUCGAUGAAAGGUUGAAGUUGUCUGAGCUUGUGUGA